UAUGGGCCCUUCUUCUCUUUGGAUUUUCCUACUGUCCCUUUCUGUCUCUCACCAAAGUGUCGCAGCACAGGCUGAAGCGUGCAGCACAGUGGUGCAGGCAGACAUAGUGUUUCUGGUGGAUGAGUCAUGGACUGUGGGUCAGACCAGCUUCUCCCGAGUCAAAGACUUCAUCUCAGCCAUCGUCUCCUCCUUUCAGAAAAGUGUUGUGGGGGAUGAGGGGCUCCGCUUCGGCGUCACUGUGUUUGGGGACAUUCCGAGAAUGCGAAUUGCUUUGACAGACUACAGUUCACUAGAGGAGGUGCUCAGAGCCAUCAGAGACCUACCCUAUGAGGGGGGAUCCAGGAGGACGGGCGAGGCCCUCCAGUUUCUGGUCGACACUGUUUUCAGCCCUGCCAUCACACGGGAUCUUGCCCCAAAGAUUACUGUUUUGAUCACAAACGGACCCUCGGACGACCAGGUUGAUGCUGCAGUCACAGCAGUGGCUGACAAUGGGAUUUCUCUCUUUGCAGUAGGCGUGCGAGGAGCUGACGAGUUAGAGCUGAGGAGGAUAGUGUCGGAGCCGUUCCAGGAGCAUCUGUUGCUGGGCCCUGACUUCUUCCUCCUGGAUACCAUCCUCCCCAAGCUGUCCAGGAGAGUUUGUUUUACUGCCUCUGAACCGCCGCGUCCCGUGAAAACAGCCCAGACCCGGGAAGAGCGUGUGGUGGGUCCCAGAGACCUGCGGGUCAGUGAGCUGGCCCACAGCUCCCUCAGGCUGACGUGGAGCGAGGCCACGGGGGACGUCACCGGAUACCGCGUCCUGGUCACUCCUCUCAACUCCAAGGGACACCUCCUCCCCCUGCAGCAGAAGCAGAUGGACCUGAAAGCAGAUGUAAACACAGCCGUGGUGACGGCGCUGAGCCCAAAAACAGAAUACUCACUCACUGUGUAUGCCAUCUAUCCCAGCCUCAUCGGAGACUCUGCAUCCAUCACUGUGAAAACAACCCCUUUGCCCCUGGUGUCAAACUUCCGAGUCAUUGAGGAGGGCCUGUUCUCUCUGCGCCUCGGCUGGACGCCUCCUAUCGGGAAGAUCAACGGAUUCAAGAUCCUCAUCCCAAGAUCCAACAGACCGGGAUUAACGUACGAGCAGCUGCUUCCUGCAGAGACCUCUUCUCACGUGAUUGACAGCCUGGAAGAGGAUAAGAAGUACACUAUCACCAUCUACACCAUUUUCCCUGAAGGGCCAAGCGCACCGGUUUCAUUAGUGGGAAAGACAUUGAAGCUGGUAACAGUUCAGCACUUCCUGGUCCAGAAUGCCACCACUGACACUGUCCAAGCCCGGUGGGGCUCCGUCCGGGGGGCAACAGGAUACCGCCUGACGUGGUCGGCCCCAGAUGGACACAUAGAGAACAUAAACCUCGGGGACACCUUCAACUUUUACAUGAUCCAGGGGCUCCACGCAGGCUCGGAGUACACUGUCACCAUCAACCCCAUCUUUGGAGACAUCGAGGGUCCAGUCACCGCCACCAAAGUCAAGACAUUGGAAAGUAGUGCAGUCCAAACUCUGAAGGUGUCUGGCGUGAGCACCAGCGCUGCAGUCGUCUCGUGGAACAGCGUCCCCGGAGCCACGGGAUACAGGCUGGCAUGGGGACCCACCCCAGAGUUCCUUGGCCGGGAUCGUCCCAGGCAGUUGGCUCUGAAUGGCAGCACCACUGAGUACCAGCUGAAGAACGUCGCCCACGAUACGGAGUAUGUCCUGACUCUGUACGUGCUGUUUGGAUCGGUGGUGGGGCCGGGCAUCGCCACCACCUUCAGAACCUCUCCUUUGGGUUAUGUGUCCAACUUUAAGGUGACAUCUUACACGAGUACCUCUAUAGAUUUAGAGUGGAGUCCCAUUGUUGGAGCCACUGAGUACAAACUCUCUUGGAGCACAGAUAAUAGCAAACCACAGUCGCAUUACCUGGAACGCAGUGUCCUCUACCAUCGCAUCAAAGAAUUGAACCCAAAGUCCAACUACAAAAUCACCAUUUGUGCAGUGUAUGGGAACUCGGAGGGACCAGAAAUCUCCUUAUCUCAGAUUACAGCUGAAGUCUCCGACUCGGAGCCCGUCCAGGCGGUGAGGGAGGUGAAGGUUGUGGACAUCGGGGUGAAUUCCUUCACACUUUCAUGGAGGAAAACCCCAGGGGCUUCUGGGUAUAAAAUCUCCUGGAUCCCCUUUAAUGGAGGUAAAGAGAAGUCCCAGGUUGUGUCUGCGUCCUCCUCCACCUUCACCAUUCGUAACCUGCGUGAGAGCUCGGCCUAUAAGAUCCAGGUGUCGGCCGUGGUGGGCGACAGGGAAGGGAGUGCCGUCCUGGUCACAGCGCGAACCUUGGAUCUUCCAAAAGUGGAAGGAUUUGCUGUUCUGAACACGACGGACAGCAGCACUGUUCUCAACUGGACGCGUGUGGCCGGUGUGUCCGGAUACCUCCUCUCCUGGAGGCAUAUCUCAGUGUUGGAGACUAAAACCGAGAUUCUGGGCCCUGGUUUCUCCUCUUACAAGAUCAGAGAGCUCCUGUAUGGCAGAACGUAUAUUUUCACCAUCAGACCUUUGUAUGGAGAAGUGGAGGGACCCGUCAGCACAGUGUAUCAGAGAAUAUUGGGGCCGGAUCCUCCUGCGGGAACAGUCCAGCCUGUGCCGGUCACCGUGGCCCCGCUUCCCCCGCAAAUCACGACCGCCGCCGCCGUCAUCAACACCACCGCCGCUCAGACGGCCUCCAGGACCACUCGACACCCCAUCGCCGUGCCGCCAACCGGAUCCUUCACCACCAGGAAGCCUCCAGCUCCGCCUCGUGUCACCGAGGACAGAGCGGCUGUCACACACCUCCGGAAAACCACGUCCAAUGUCGACGCAGCAGCUCCAUCGCAACCAGUGUGUGGAAAAGCCAAAGCAGACAUCGUAUUCUUGGUUGACGAGUCCUCAAGUAUCGGCGCCAACAACUUCAUCAAGAUGAAGGAGUUCAUCUUCCGAGUGGCCACGUACUUCCCUGUCAUUGGUCCACAGGCCACACAGAUAGCCGUGGUUCAUUACAGUGACGAGCCUCGAAUUGAGUUCCGUUUGAGCGACUUCAAGGACAGAAACUCAAUGCUCCGAGCUCUGAGAGCGCUACGCUACGUGGGCGGCAACACCAAAACAGGAAAAGGCAUCAGCUACGUUCUGCAGGAGCUGUUCCAGGAGUCUCUGGGCAUGAGGCCGAACGUGGCCCACGUUCUGGUUCUGAUCACAGACGGCAGGGCCCAGGAUAACGUGGUGCCACCCUCAAGAAUCGCCCGUGCUUUGGGCGUCAGCGUCCUGGCGGUUGGAGUUUCCAAUGCGGACAUGGAGGAGCUGAACAAGAUCGCGGCUCCCACCAGCUACAAGAACAUUUUCUUCUCGCCGACAUUCGAUGACUUCCCGUCCGUCGAGAGAGACUUUAUCAACAGCAUCUGUAGCGAGGAGCUCCUCUCUGAGUACAAGCUCAACGACGAGGAUACUCAGUUGGACACUCCGACCGAGGAUCCAGAGGAGACGCUGAAGCCUCAGGGUCCCUGUGCUGGCCAGUGUGUGAAGGGCCAGAAAGGGGAGAAGGGAGAUGGAUUUGGUCUUGGAGGUCUGAGAUUCAGGCAAAGUCCUGGACAGUUUGAUCCGUUCACGUCUUCCAAAGGAGAACCAGGCGAGAAGGGGUCUCCUGGAACAGACGGCGUGCCGGGGUUACCGGGGCGACCAGGAAGAACGGGACCCCCGGGUUCUGCUGGCCAACGAGGGCCUCCAGGUGUUCCGGGUGACAUGGGUCUUCCUGGACUCACUGGUCCGAAGGGGCAGAGAGGAGAAAGAGGGGAGCCGGGGUACGUCAUCGCCGGUCCGGAUGCAAACUUUGUGCCUGGACGAAAAGGAGAGCCCGGAUCUUCAGGUCCUCAGGGACCUUCUGGUGUACCGGGGGUUAACGGAGCUCCAGGCCGACCUGGCCAGCCGGGACCACCAGGGUCACCUGGGAUAUCGGUCAAGGGAGAUCCUGGAGAACCGGGAGAGAAAGGUUUACGUGGGAAAGCCGGGUCAAAAGGAGACAAAGGAGAACAAGGAAGAGAUGGCAUUGCAGGCCUGCCUGGUCCCAUUGGCAUCGAUGGCGUGCCGGGAUCACCAGGCCAGAAGGGAAACAAGGGUGAAGAGGGAAUUGGUGUACAAGGUAUUCAAGGUCUUCGCGGGGAACCGGGAGAGAAGGGUAAUAUGGGCUUAAUAGGACCUGUUGGCCUAAAGGGCGAGCGUGGAGACCAGGGUGUCCAGGGAGUCGCUGGACCGCGGGGGAAAAAGGGAUUGAAAGGAGAGCAAGGCGAAAAAGGAAACCAAGGAGCGACGGGACCGAUGGGCCCUCAAGGACCCACAGGACUGACGGGACCCAUUGGUUUGAAAGGAGAUGAAGGUCCGAGAGGAGUUCCCGGUGAUCCAGCGAAGGGUAUUCUUGGACCAACUGGGAAAAAGGGAGCCAGGGGCGACGUUGGUCCAGUUGGUCCAACAGGCCCACAGGGAGUAAAGGGAUCGCAAGGAGCCAAAGGAGAGAAGGGUAGUCCCGGAUUUGGGAUUCCUGGACAACCGGGACCGAAAGGAGAAAACGGCGAGCGGGGAAACGUCGGUUUAUCUGGAAAACCGGGACCCAAGGGGCUCGACGGCUUCAAAGGAGACAAAGGAAGCGCCGGCCCCCCCGGCACUCCGGGAGAUCCAGGAUUAAGAGGUAAAGAUGGUACACCUGGGGCUAAAGGAGAGACAGGAUCAAAGGGGGAACAAGGACCAGCUGGAGAACCUGGCGACAGAGGAAUAAGGGGUCCGCUGGGAUUACCAGGAAGACCAGGAGACCCUGGAGAGAAGGGGGGCACCGGGAUCUCCGGCCUGCCCGGUAUUGGUGGGAAUAAAGGGGACAAAGGAGAGCCGGGGAAGCCUGGACCUCCCGGAGCACAGAUUGGCGUCGACAACAACGUCUUGACCAGAACAAUUAAGGGUGAUCCAGGAGAGCCGGGUCAGCCUGGUCUGAGAGGAGAAACUGGUCUUCCUGGACCAAGAGGUCCAGAAGGGAAACCUGGAUUACCAGGAUCAUCUCGGGACGGUGCAGGAAGAGACGGACUUGACGGUUUACCAGGAAAACCAGGGAUUAAGGGUGACCAGGGUCAAAAGGGACAACCUGGUUCGAAGGGCGAGAAAGGAGAUCUGGGCCGAGUGGGGAUCGCGGGGAUGCCGGGCUUACCGGGGAGUCCUGGAAGACCGGGGAUUGAUGGGAAACGGGGACUGACGGGAAAAGAUGGAGAAAAAGGCCCAAAAGGCGACGACGGCAUAAAGGGUGAAAAAGGAGACGCUGGUGAGAAUGGUAAAGAUGGGAGUAAAGGGGAACCAGGACCUCCAGGUCUGCCUGGUCAGCAGGUUCUCGUCACUUCAGAGGGCGCCACCGUUGACGAGAUCCGACAAGCGUUCCCGCUUCCGAUGGGUCCUCCAGGAGCCACUGGUUCUCCAGGAGCAAAGGGUGAUAAAGGAGAAAGAGGCCAGAGAGGAGAGAAGGGCGUCGCUGGAACGCCUGGGAAGUCUCUGGAGAUGAAGGACAUCGAAGUCAUGUUUGAGGCCUACGGGAUCAGGCUGCCUUUGCUGAAAGCUCUGAUCGACAGGCUGCUGCAGGACGGGAUCGAGGAGCUGCUGCACGUGCUCGCCACCUCCAAGAAAGUGAAAGACAGCGCAGAAACACACACCUCCAACGUCAUCUCUGACGGCGCAAGUUCUUUAAAGUUCGAUCUCAGCAGUCAGUCGCUGUCUGAAAUGGACACCGUGGAGGAGGAUUUAAAUGGCCAGCUUCCUAAAUCUCUGACAGCUGACCCAUUAAAUGAGACAGCGGAGGAUCCUUCCUUAUUGGCCGUCACCAAUCUGAAAGGAGAGCCGAAGUUCAACACGAUAAAGAAAACUAAUCGGACUGGGAGCAACUCCACUUUCAGCCACACAUCGACCAAGGAGACGGUUUCAGGGCUUCCUGAGUCUGUGGUGGAGACUGUUCUCCUCACACAGGAAGAGUCGGUGAAGUUUUCAGGACCAAAGAAGAAGAACAGGGAACGUGGGAAAGGCAAAGGAAAUAAAGGACGACAUAAGAGGCAGAGACACCGCCUGACAAGUGAAGAUGGGGAGGAGGAAGAAGCGGAGGAGUUUCCCAACACCGAAGGAGAAGAAUACGAUUAUGAGUACAAGGAGGAACUUUUCCCAGAUGAUCCCUCAGUCUCUGAAUCCAGGCGGGAGUACAAAGAGGUGCAGGUUGAAGUCCAAACAGAUGAAUCCUCUCUUCUAGUGGAUAAAAACGCAGUUUUGACAACCGCAGUUUCUCUACCUCAAGCUCUGACUGAUGUCGAUCAGGAUGACUCUUCACUGCCGACACCUCCCGUCCCGACAGAAGAAGCAGAUGAGGAACCGCGACCACAGAUCAGAGUGAGAAGAGGCUCUCCGUGGCCUGACUCCACGGUGUUCAUGCCAGGUGCAGGAGGAGGAAGAAAUCGCUUUAGAGAGGCAGAUAAACAUCCAUCCUCUGGAGCUCAAGGUUACAACAGCUGGAUUAAAAGAAAGCAAGACAUUCUUGGCCUUCAGACAAUUCCCAGAGGCCAGUGGCAAGAAGGAAGACAGAGUGAGACAUACAGUCAUCCAGAAAAAGACAUUCAUACAGAGACACAGGGUGUGGGAGAGGUGGAGGAGGUGGAGGAAUAUGCAGAAACAGGCCCGGAUCCAAUCUAUGAGGAGGAGGGGAGUGGAGACUACGACUGGGAGACCGAGGAAGACAGAGAGAGGGAGGAAUGGGAAAGGAGGAGGGAGGAGAUGGAGAGGAGUCGAGCGGGGGGUUAUGAUGAAGAAGCUGGACCGCCCUAUCCAUAUCCUCCACAGUAUUUUUUCCUCAAGGGACAACCUGGAGAAAGUGGAAAACCAGGACCAAAGGGUGAAAUUGGUGAGAAAGGACAAAAGGGAGAACCCGGCAUUGGCUACAGAGGACCAGAGGGACAAGCUGGGCCUCCUGGGCAGAAGGGUGAGCCAGGUGAGCCGGGACCACCCGGUGCUCAGGGCAUUCAGGGAAUCCCCGGUAACGUCGGCAUGCAAGGCUCUCCAGGCUUUCCAGGCCCCCCGGGGGACCACGGAGAACCAGGCAGAGAAGGCGAUCGGGGUAAGAGAGGGAAGAGCGGGUCAUCAGGAGCUCCUGGACCUCGAGGAGCGGCAGGACCUCUGGGUCUUCCUGGCUUACCUGGAGCAAAAGGGGAAAAGGGUGACAGUACUCCAGGUGAGCCCGGUGCCAGGGGGAUGGUCGGCCUUCCAGGGAGAAGGGGGGAAAGAGGCCCUCCGGGCGUGAAAGGACUUCCUGGGACUUUAGGUCCAAAAGGCUUGCGUGGCAACAAAGGUGAAAAGGGAGAUCGUGGAUUACCUGGACUCAGAGGAGAAAGGGGGAGUGUUCUUCAGAUCGAAGGGCCUCGGGGAUUUAAGGGCUCUAAAGGCGAUGCGGGUGAGCGAGGUCCUCCGGGGUUUGACGGAGAUAAAGGAGAAAAAGGAGAAGACGGUCCUCCAGGAGUCAAGGGUUUAAAGGGAGAUGCGGGCACAAAAGGAGCUUUAGGACGGUUUGGAGCUCGAGGACCAGUUGGCCAGAAAGGAGAUCCAGGAGAGCCGGGACUGAACGGAGUCAUGGGUCGUAACGGGGUCGACGGGGUCGACGGCGCCAAGGGGGACAAAGGGGACGUCGGGCUGCAAGGCCAGAAGGGAGAUCAGGGAGACCCAGGAGAACCUGGCAUACCAGGAGACAAAGGAGAGAGAGGAGAAAAGGGUUUCAGAGGUUUUCCUGGUCGUGUCGGGAGUCCUGGGCUGGAUGGAGAAAAGGGAGAUACGGGGCCACACGGAGCUCCAGGCAUGCCGGGACUCAACGGACUGACUGGCCGUAAGGGUGACCGGGGACAAGCAGGGAACGAUGGCGUGGAAGGAGACCCGGGACAGAAAGGAGACAAGGGUGCGACAGGCUUCGCAGGUUUUCCGGGGUUUAAGGGCUCGGCAGGACAUCCGGGACGGGACGGUGACGAGGGACCCCCGGGGCCACAAGGUGCUCGCGGUGAUGUGGGGUCAAAGGGGGAGAGGGGCAGAAGAGGCAGAUUGAAGCCGUGCCAGAGGGGAACGCCGGGAACGCCGGGGCAGAAAGGAGGCGCCGGCGCAGUGGGCAGUGAAGGAGUAAAGGGGGAGAAGGGAGAGCCUGGACUCUCAGCAGAAGAAGUGAAGGAAAUCGUCACCCAGGAGGUGACAGAAAAAUGCGGCCUGGAAUACAAGUUUCUGGUCAAGUCCGUCGAUCCAGACGCAACAAAGAUGGAGGAGAAAAGUGAGCAACAAGAAGUAGUGAAUCCCUUCACCCAUGACGCGCAUGAAAAAAGGAUGAAGGAAGGAGUGGAAGAGGAGCGGUACGACCCGGGAGAAGUGAUAAACCCGGCCUCUGUGAAUCCUGAAGAAGAAAUCCUAACAAACCGUACUGGAAGAAGCAUAAAAACACAACUCCAACUUUCUGCAGAUUCUCAUAAGGAGGGGGCUGUGAAAUGGGGGCAGAGGAAGAAGAGGGGGGUGUUUGGAGCGCUCCAGUCUGCGGCGGCCCGCUGCCUGCAGCCCAUGUCAGAAGGAGGCUGCUCGGACUUCGCUCUGUUCUGGUACUUCCACGCCGGCUCGGCAGAGUGCCGGCCGUUUGUGUACGGCGGCUGCGGAGGCACCCAGAACCGGUUCUCCUCCAGACGGGAAUGCCAGAGUUUGUGUGAAAUCGACCGCAAGACUAGAGGGAAUCAAUCCGAUCACGUAGGAAACAUACCUUCUCACAUUUAAACGAAUGUAUUCAUUCCCGUAUCCACAGGAGAUGAAGCCAAACAAUGUUUGUACAUAUCUGUAUAAAAGGUUAUUGUUUUGCAUUUUGUACUUUGUGUAUUUAUAUAUUUUGACAUAGCAAUCCGCUCGUGAUGAAAUUGUGAAUACAUCAUGUCAGCACAUCCCUGAAAUGGACUGGGUGUGUUUCUGAAUGUCAGCAGUGAUCAAAACAAACACCACCGAAAAAUAAAUCCAUGCGUCACUGCAUUUGAGUCACGCCUGUC